AUGGGUUCUGAAUUGGGACUCACUGCCGAUACACAGGCCCAGCUUGACCUUUCGCCUGUUAGCAUCUGGUGGGUAGUCUGGGGAUGCGUCUGGACGUCUUUCGUUGCCGCUGGCAUGGCCUACCUCAUCGUGAACCGGGAUAUGCCGACACUGAGAAUUCGGGGCCUUGCACUCUCGCUUUCGUCCAUUGUUUUGCUCCACUUGUUCGGAUGGGUAUGCCAGUUUGGCCUCUUGAUCGGCGCCAUCAUGCCGGGUGAUACGCAAUACUGGGUCAUGGGGACCUGGCUGCCGUGCGGCAUCGCUCUGUUUCACGCCUCGAACUCGCGAUUUCUUCAUGUUGCCAGUUUGCAGCGCAAGUUUGCAGUUCAAGGACAUCGACCCCUGGACACCCUCCCGGAUGCAAAGCUGAAGCCUGGCUUGAUCAACCGCUUCCGCCGCCUCACAUACACGACCAAAAUCGUCAUCACCGUCGGCGCUGCAAUGGUCGCCCAAGUCUUUCUCACGGUUCUGAUGUGGCUCAUCUCUCGAAAAUGGCACAGCUCGUGGGGGAUUCCUGGCACAGAGGUGCACGGGAGUUCCAUGGCCCAAAAGGCAGCUCAAGGCUCGGGCUGGGAGUGGUGGCCAGGUGUAUUCUGGCAGUUUGUAUGGUCAUGGAUCGUUGCCCCUAUUGUACUGUGGAAAUCCCGCAACAUCCACGACACUCAAGGUUGGCGCGUUCAAACCAUUGGCUGCGCUCUUGGAAAUCUGCAUGCCACGCCUAUGUGGCUCAUCGCUCUUUACGUUCCAGGAAUGGCACCCGUAAACAAUUACUUUAUCCCUCCACAGUGGAUCUGUUUGUCCAUCUGGAUCAUUGAAAUCUUCACAGUCUUUCUGCCCUGCUGGGAGGUCAUGCGUCAUCAAUCGCUUCGACAGGAAACACUCGAUUCCAUCGCUCGCUGGGAGGCCAAAGUCAAAUUGAACUCCUCCGAGAAUAAGUCAUUGAAGUCUGAUACAACCGUGGUUGGCUCCGCGGUCUCAGGAUGGAAGUCUAUGAAUGCGUCGAUCCAAACCACUGGGUCGCGCGACAGUAUCUUGACUAUGGGUGCGUUAGAACACGUUUUGGAGCGCAACCCACUUCCGUUGUUAGAAUUCUCAGCGUUACGUGAGUUUUCGGGAGAGAACAUCGCGUUUCUCAUGGCUGUUUCGGCAUGGAAGACAUCCCUGCCGCAGGCGCCGAAGGACUCUGCUGCCGGUCCUGACGGUCAUUCUCGAGAUCUGCUCCGCCGAGCUUUCAACCAUGCCCUUGGCAUCUAUGUCGACUUCAUCAGUGUUCGACACGCUGAGUUUCCAGUCAAUAUUUCAUCUAGCGAUUUCAAGUCCCUCGAAGACAUUUUUGAGCGAGCUGCGUACCUUCUUUACGGCGACGAGCGUGAGGCUGACCCGGUCACCCCUUACGAUAACUUUGCCAUGGAGCCUCUCUCCCCCGCCGUUUCCGAGGGCUCAGAAAAAGGCAUUGCCAAUAACACGCGCAACCGAAUCUAUUAUUGGGGUGAUAUUCCUGACCAAUUUUGUGCGACUACAUUCCAGGAUGCAGAGGCCAGCAUCAAGUACCUCGUCCUGACGAAUACUUGGCCCAAAUUCAUCAAGAGUCAGCGGUACGCCUCGGUUGACUCAUUGGACACUCUUACCGAUAUUGGUAAAACGGUCUGA